CUUACCCUGACCCGAUGAAAACAAACAGAGAAAUGGAACAGUUGGCAGAUUUUGUUUUGCUGGUUUCUUUAAGUUUUUUAGAAUGGUUUUGAAAUACCGGACUUUUUCGACGGAUUGAAAUAAAAACUGUUUGACUAAUAUUUAAAAAUUACGAAACCGUCAAUUAGAGUCGAAGAAUCCCGUAAUCUUAUACUGUGAUGAGCUUUGCCUUCCAUAAUGGACAGCGAUUUGAGCCCACAGGAUAAAAAGGACUUGGACAAAUUCAUCAAAUUUUUUGCCUUAAAGACGGUGCAGGUGAUUGUUCAAGCCCGACUUGGGGAGAAGAUCUGCACCCGCUCCUCAUCCUCGCCUACUGGCUCUGACUGGUUCAAUCUAGCAAUAAAAGACAUCCCAGAAGUUACCCAUGAGGCUAAAAGAGCUCUGGGUGGUCAGCUUCCAGGAAUUGGGAGGUCCAUGUGUGUGGAAAUCUCCCUUAAAACCUCAGAGGGAGAUUCAAUGGAACUGGAAACAUGGUGUUUGGAAAUGAAUGAGAAGUGUGAUAAAGAUAUUAAAGUGUCAUACACUGUUUACAACAGACUGUCUCUACUGCUUAAAUCAUUGCUGGCUAUAACGAGGGUGACACCCGCCUACAAGCUAUCAAGGAAACAAGGCCAUGACUAUGUCAUUCUGUACAGGAUAUAUUUUGGUGAAGUGCAACUUGCAGGGCUUGGAGAAGGGUUUCAGACUGUACGUGUAGGGAUAGUCGGGACUCCAGUCGGUACCGUCACUCUGUCCUGUGCUUAUAGAACUAAUCUGGCUUUUAUGUCAACCAGGCAGUUUGAGAGGACUGCUCCUAUAAUGGGGAUCAUCAUAGAUCAUUUUGUUGACCGCCCCUUCCCCAAUAUGGGACCUAUGCACCCUUGCAACUACAGGACGACAGGUGAAGAUGAUGGGGUGAUGUAUCCCGGAGUUGAGGAUUCCCAGGAGGUCUGCACAACAUCCUUCUCCACCUCUCCCCCCUCCCAGUGUGUGUCCACCCUAAGUAAGACACACUCUCAGGCACUCAAACCCACAGUGAUGGACACUCUGAAGGUCCCCAUGCUGGGGUUGGCUUUCUCACACCAACUGUACAGCUCUCGUCUUUCCUAUCAGCCUCCCGCGCUCGGAACAGCUGAUCUUUGCUAUCCUGCUGUCUUUAACGCUGCCCAUCCCCACCAGAUGGCGAUACCAGGGAAGGAGGGAGGGGUGCCCCAGGCCCUGGUGCAGCCUUGUCACGGGGCACAGGCGGAGCAUGGCAGAGCGUCCACCUGCCCCCCAGCAGACACUGCUCAGCAAGUCCCGGCCACCCCCUCCAGCAGUGGGGAGGAGACGGAUCCCUUAUCCAGAAGCAGCGAGGCGAAGGGCACCUCCCCACCGGAUUUUGUGGAGACCACCUUUACAAGGAAAGUGGGGGCCUUUGUGAACAAACCUGCCACCCAGGUGACUACAGCUACUUUGGAUCUGCCUUUUGCUGCGUUUGCUCCAAGGACUUUUGACCCGGAAGAAAAUGACCUUAUGGUGAACCCCCCUGAAUCUCCGCUGCCAGCAUCGCCUCUGCAGACCAGCCUGCACUCCCACGACUCCAGUGGGAGCAGCGGACCGACGCAGGAUGACUUCGUCAUGGUAGAUUUUAAGCCUGCCUUUUCCAAGGAUGAUAUCCUUCCUAUGGACCUGGGUACGUUUUACAGAGAGUUCCAGAAUCCCCCUCAGCUCAGCAGCCUCUCCAUUGACAUCAGUGCACAGUCUAUGGCAGAAGACUUGGACUCUCUGCCCGAGAAGCUGGCCAUGUACGAGAAGAACAUUGACGAAUUUGAUGCUUUUGUAGAGACCCUGCAGUAAGAUCAGAUAAGAUCAGAUCAUAUUAGACACUCCUGUCAUGUUUUUUCACUUCAUGCCAAAAAGAUGAUCUGCAGACCUACUGGAGCAGAAGCUUGUCCGAGUUUGAUUACCGUGAUUUUUGGGACAAAUUGGGAGUGGGGGCAGCUUUUUUUCUUCUGUUUAUUUUUUAAACAUCCCCAGCGCAACCAGCAAUGGUUGACAAUUAAUUACUGAUCUUUGGUGUAUAAUGUCACCUAUGUCUUAUCAGAGUCAGCAAAAAUUUUAUCCAUUAUGUGUCCCUUUUGCUAGAGCUGUAAAGAGUUAACACACUUCUUUUAAAACUAGCAAUUCAGCUGUGGGCAUGGCUCAAAUUCGUACUCUUUUUGAAAGGUAGAAUUUGUAAGUAUUUAUUCCAAAUGUAAAUACUGAAGCUCUUCUCUAAACAGUUUUAUUUAGCAGUUGAAGAGACCUUCAUAGUUUUCAUGGAGGUGGUCACAGUUUUCUUUUAUUUUUCAUAUGCAACAAUGAAACGUUACCUGAACAUGUACUGGAGUGAAACAGCAGACAAACAAGGCAGUCCUUGAAUGUAGAAAGCUGUGGAAGAGAGACUGGACAUUGUCACUUUAAAUGUUAAUAAUUUGUGAGAAAGAGGUAUGUUUUGUGUGCGACUGAGGUUCAUGUUCAUUGCAAAGGGCUAAAGAGAAACGUUCUUGCUGUUUCUAUAGUGGUUUGGUUUGCAAAAACAGGAAAUCUGACCUUUUAAAUUGAAUCGCUCCCAUCUCUAGCCCAAAGACACAUGCCAGGGGUCUCAGUCACAGUAGAUCACGAAGAUGUAGAAAAUGCACUACAUUGCUUAUGAAUCAUCAUGUUAGAAAAUAAUAUGAUGUUACAGUUUUGUGCUUUAUUGCAAGGACUGGUGUGCUUUUUAGCCUUAGAACAUUUUGCACUUUUCCUCAUUGAAGUCUCAUUGAAAUGCUGUUUCCUUUCCUACCCCAGGCCUUGUUAAUAUAGCAUGAUUAUGUUGUAUAAUAAACCUGACAAACUAUUUUAAAAAUGCCUCACCCAUCCUAUACAGUAUAUAGAAUGUAUAUAUAUAUAAUAGAAAGUCAGUCUGUUGGAUAACUAUCUUGAUUUUUUCUGUGUUUUGAAUUUUUGUAAAGGAAAGUCAACCUUAAGAAAUAUCUAAUGCAGGUAUGGGCUUGAAGAGGAUGCCUAGAAGCAGAAGUGAUUUUAUUAGCCAAAAGUAGGUUUCCUAACAGUAUUUGGCCACUACAACAAAUCAAAAACUGAACAUCAAUCAUAUGUGCAGUGUUGUGCUUUGUUGUAAAAGUGCAAGCACCAAUCAAAAAAUCACUUGUUGGUACAUUUGUCCAACAAACACAUUCAAGCUUGUGAAGUCAAAUAUGUUCAAGAACAGGGCAGUCUGAAUCCAUGUCAUCAGUAACGUGGUUACCAAGAGAUAUUCUGUGUGAUCCAUGCAAAAAUGAAAAUCUCCUUGCUUUGGUUUUGUUGUGUAUUUACGUAAAUCAGAUUGCAGUUGCAGUCUUUUAUUUAUAUUGUCACACAGUUAAUUUCAUUUUGUGCAUGUAAUAACUCUGGAUUAAUUCUAUGGGAAUAUUUUUUAAUUAGAAAUAAAGUAUUUUUUACUGCUUAAGAAUUGCAGAUGUUAAUUGAAAACAGACCUUGCUACACUGCAAAAUAGGAUAUGUGACUUUAAAUUGGCAAACAUUUUACCAACAUGCUUCACAAUGUGGACAUUUGGUAGUGUUGUAUUAAGAUUGGCCUAACAGACAGUGAAGUAUUACUAAAAAAUAAUGGUGAAGAGCAAUUUUAAAAUCUGGAGCAUUUUCAGUGGCUAAACAAAGGUUGGCUUUCCUAGUUUAUUUGUGAGAGUGUGUUUCUGUAUCACUGUAAAUGAAAAGCACCUUUCAGUACAAGAAAAAUAAGGACAGAGACUUUAAAGGUACUUCAUAAAUCAGUCGUCUAUGGACACAUAGAAUGCUGUCCGCUACUUAUUUGAUAACGCAUGUGGUAGAGUUCCAUUAUACAUUUGCUAUAAUUAGUGACAAUGAAGACCACUAAUGCCAGCUAGCACAGCAAGGACUUGAGGUGGCUUAUUAAGUGGCUCUUGGAUCUAAUGAAACUUCAGUUUAUAAUGUUCAUUAACCAGUGUCCAUCUGGUAGUCUAUUCUAAGUGGAUGUCUUUUUGUACUAUAGCACCGUGUGAAAGUGAGGCACAUUCAAGUCCCUAAAGCUAUGAAAUCACUUAAAUGUUCAUAAAAACCCUAGAAUUGCAAAAGCUUAUUGGGAAAUAUCGGGUAUAAAGCAGUGUGUGAAAGUCAUCUGGGAGGCUAUUAAACAAAGCCUGCCUCUUCCACUCAACAUGACGAUCUGCAUUCUGUGAACGGGUUUCUAGAGGAGUGUUUUUCUUUGUACACUUUGGUUAAAAGUGAGCCAUGGUUUUGAAUGUUUUUGAUUUGUGUCAAAAAGCCAGCAUUUGAGUCUGUAAAGCACUAGUAAGUGUGGCUGCCAUCUAACAUAAUUAUUUCUCAAUUGUUCAUUAUUCCACCCAUCACAAUCCCUUUGUGUAAAUAAAAAAAACAUUUUAAGUGAA